AUAAGCGAGAUACGGAAUAUAUAAACAACCUGCUUCUAUUGCCGUCACCUCAUCUACAUUUUCAAACCUGUUCCACGACUCGAGAGCCUGUGCUCGUCAAACGCCACAGUUCCGAUACAAAAGUGAGGUGUAUCGAAAUGCGAGCAAUAUUCACAAUUCAAGUUUAAGUAUCGCCACAGGCCGCAGCGUUCCAUAUUCCACAAGUUUUGUGCCGAUGUCGCGACGGUCACGAGGCAGUAACAAAUGGGAGGUGCGUGCAUCGACGUUGGCUCGCAACACCCAUAAUCUCAUUCGAAAUAUCGUAGAGAACCUUCAGGUGGAGCCUAACCCUAGUAAGCAGUUGAUAGCUCUUUCCGUUGGUGACCCAACAACUUUUGGAAACCUUAAUCCUCCUGAGCAAGUAUUACAAGCUGUCCACGAGAGUGUUGAAUGGCACAUAAGUCGUGGCUAUGCUCCAGCUAAAGGGCAUGCGGAGGCACGGCAGGCGGUAGCUGAAUAUAGUGCGCAUAAAGGAAAUGUAACAGCUGAUGACGUUAUUUUAUGCAGCGGCUGCUCGCACGCCAUCGAACUUGCAAUCUCCGUUAUAGCUGACUCAGGACAAAAUGUUCUCGUUCCACGCCCGGGGUUCAUGAUAUACAAGACUAUAGCUGAAGGGCUGGGCAUUGAAAUUAAAUAUUAUCGAUUAUUGCCUGAUGAGCAAUGGAAAGUGGACCUAGAAGAUUUAGAAAACCAGAUAGAUGAUCAUACAGCAGCGAUCGUUGUAAUAAAUCCGUCAAACCCAUGUGGAUCUGUGUAUAGCAAAGAUCAUUUACUGGAGAUUUUGGAUAUAGCAUCUAGGAAUCAUGUGCCUAUCAUUGCUGAUGAAAUAUAUGAGCAUUUCGUUUUUUCUAACUACGAAUUCACUGCCUUAUCAACACUUUCACAAGAUGUUCCUAUAUUAACAUGUAGUGGACUUACAAAGCGGUUUUUAGUUCCUGGCUGGCGCAUGGGUUGGAUUGUUAUUCACGAUAGACAAAACAUAUUUCAAAAAGAAGUACGCGAAGGUCUGGCUCAACUCGCCAAUCGUAUACUCGGUCCAAAUACAUUAAUACAACGAGCUUUACCAUCCAUAUUAAAAUAUACACCACAAAGUUUUUUUGAUGAAGUAGUAUUGUUCAUUGAGAAUCAAGCAAAACUGGCGUAUGAAGAGCUACGGAGAGCGCCAGGAUUACGACCCGUAAUGCCUCAGGGUGCUAUGUACAUGAUGAUCGAAGUCAAAAUGUCCAUGUUUCCUGAAUUUAAAAAUGAACUCCAGUUUGUUGAACGUUUGGUCUCCGAACAAUCAGUUUUUUGCUUACCAGGGCAGUGUUUUGAAUAUCCAAACUUCAUGAGGAUCGUGCUAACUGUGCCAGAAGAUAUAUUAAAGGAAGCGUGCUUAAGGAUUGCUACUUUUUGCAAGGAACAUAUAGUAUCGAGAGAAAAAUUGAAAGAAAUAGACACCAAUUUUGUGUUACCCAGUGAAACUCAAGUCAUUUGCGAUAAUGGGUUGACGCGUGUUGCUUAAAGGUGGUUGCAAGGCGUUUUUUAGGGCCAUAUAUGCAAAGAAGAUGUGUUUUUAUUCUUAUGUGUGGACAUAAUGCCCGCAUCACCGUAACAUCAUGAUGAUUUUGUUUAUCUGUAAUUAUGUGUCUGGAAAAUCAUCAUUCCUCAAUAGGUACACAAUAGACAAUAAUAAUACCUACUUAUCUACUUAUGUACAAAUUUUAUGUUGCACGUUUUUGUUGUGAAAUUAUAUUAUGUUAAAUAAACAACUUAUUGCAUUGAAA